CUACUGUUUUUGCAGCGCCAUAGUGGCGGUAAUGUUAUGGAGUUUUCUUAACCCUGUUCUGUAGUAGCUAAAUGAAGGAAAAUGUCUGACCUGUUGGAAGUUUUAAAGUUAUACGGUUAGCGAUUAUCAGCGUUGAGGAGUCAGAGGAAGACGCUAUUAUUUGCCUGAGAGCCUUAGAGACUGGUAGAAAAUGGUGGUUCUCAAAAUUCGAGACCAGCCUCCCCUGCUAAAAGCUAUUUUCAACAUUGACCCAGAUGAAGUUAGGUCCCUUAUAUUCAAAAAAGAGGACGUAAAUGUGCAGGAUAACGAGAAAAGGACUCCACUUCAUGCUGCUGCCUACCUAGGAGAUGCUGAAAUCAUAGAGCUCCUGAUUUUAUCAGGAGCGAGAGUAAAUGCCAAAGACAAUAAGUGGCUGACUCCUUUGCACCGAGCCGUAGCCUCAUGCAGUGAGGAAGCGGUGCAGGUGCUGUUGAAGCACUCUGCUGAUGUGAACGCACGGGAUAAGAAUUGGCAAACGCCACUGCAUGUAGCCGCGGCUAACAAAGCAGUGUGCUGUGCUGAGGCGCUGGUGCCUCUGCUGAGCAAUGUGAACGUGUCAGACCGCGCAGGCCGCACCGCUCUGCACCAUGCUGCCUUCAGCGGUCAUCUUGAGAUGGUAAGAUUACUGCUGUCCAGAGGCGCGAACAUUAAUGCGUUUGAUAAAAAGGACCGGCGCGCAAUCCAUUGGGCUGCAUACAUGGGUCAUCUGGAAGUGGUGAAGCUUUUAGUGUCUCAUGGCGCCGAGGUGACGUGCAAAGAUAAAAAGGCCUAUACACCUCUGCAUGCAGCAGCCUCUAGUGGGAUGAUUAGCGUGGUCAAAUACCUGUUAGGCCUAGGAGUGGAUAUCAAUGAGCCGAACGCAUAUGGAAACACACCACUGCACGUGGCCUGCUAUAAUGGGCAGGAUGUGGUGGUGAACGAGCUGAUAGAAUGCGGAGCCAAUGUCAACCAGGUAAACGAGAAGGGUUUCGCACCUCUGCACUUCACAGCCGCCUCACGGCACGGCGCAUUCUGUCUCAAGCUCCUCAUAGGGAACGGAGCAGACGUCAACAUCAAGAGCAAAGAUGGGAAAACUCCCUUGCACAUGACUGCCAUCCAUGGGAGGUUCUCCCAAUCACAAGCAAUCAUUCAAAAUGGCGCUGAGAUAGACUGUGAAGAUAAAAAUGGCAACACACCGCUACACAUUGCAGCAAGAUAUGGACAUGAACUUCUCAUCAACACUCUCAUUACCAAUGGAGCUGACACCUCAAAGCGAGGCGUCCAUGGCAUGUUUCCUCUGCAUUUAGCCGCACUCAGUGGCUUCUCAGACUGCUGUCGUAAACUGCUUUCAUCUGGCUUUGACAUAGACACUCCUGAUGAUUUUGGAAGGACCUGUUUACAUGCUGCAGCAGCUGGAGGGAAUCUGGACUGUCUGAAUCUUCUUCUCAAUACAGGGGCAGAUUUUAACAAGAAAGACAGUUUCAGGAGGACGCCAUUGCACUAUGCAGCUGCAAACUGUAACUAUCAGUGCCUAUUUGCUAUGGUGGGUUCAGGAGCCAGCGUCAAUGACCUGGACAAAAGGGGCUGCACUCCCCUGCACUACGCUGCUGCUUCUGACUCUGAUGGAAAGUGCCUGGAGUAUUUGCUGAGAAACGACGCUAAUCCAGGGAUCCGAGACCAUCAGGGUUAUAAUGCAGUGCACUACGCUUCUGCAUAUGGACACCGCUUGUGUCUCGAGCUGAUUGCAAGUGAAACCCCUUUAGAUGUGCUAAUGGAGACCUCAGGGACCGACAUCCUCAAUGAUUCUGAUGUUCGAGCUCCGGUUAGCCCACUUCAUCUCUCUGCAUAUCAUGGGCAUCACCAGGCCCUCGAGGUGCUCGUACAGUCGCUGCUGGAUCUGGAUGUGAGGACAGAUCAGGGCCACACACCGCUGGACCUGGCUGCAUUUAAAGGCCAUGUGGAGUGUGUGGAUGUUCUUAUUAACCAAGGAGCUUCCAUCCUUGUCAAGGAUUACACACACAAACGCACCCCCAUCCAUGCAGCAGCCACAAACGGCCACCCUGACUGUCUACGUUUGUUGAUUGGAAAUGCUGACAUACAGAGUGCAGUUGACAUUCAAGAUGGUAUCGGGCAGACACCUCUGAUGCUGGCUGUGUUGAGCGGUCAUACAGAGUGUGUGUAUUCUUUGCUCAAUAAAGGAGCGAAUGUAGAAGCCAAAGACAAGUGGGGCCGCACCGCUUUACACAGAGGGGCAGUGACGGGACAUGAGGAGUGUGUGGAAGCCUUGCUGCAGCACAACGCAGGUUUCAUGAUGCGGGACUGUAGAGGGCGCUCUCCUGUACAUUUGGCCGCCGCCUGUGGUCACGUGGGUGUUUUGGGGGGUUUGCUACAUGCAGCUCAAUCUUUGGAUUCUAUCCCUGUCAUCACAGACCACCAGGGAUACACACCUCUGCAUUGGGCAUGUUACAAUGGUCAUGACACGUGUGUUGAAGUGCUGCUAGAACAAGAGCUGUUCCACAAGGCUGAGGGCAACUCCUUCAGCCCACUUCACUGUGCUGUGAUAAACGACAAUGAGGGAGCAGCUGAAAUGUUGAUUGACACUUUGGGUCCAGUCAUUGUCAACACUGCUGACUCUAAAAACAGGUCUCCGCUUCAUGCCGCCGCAUUCACCGAUCAUGUGGAGUGUCUGCAACUUCUUCUAGCCCACAACGCCCAGGUUAAUUGUGUCGACUCCGCUGGCAAGUCCCCGCUUAUGAUGGCUGCUGAAAAUGGACAGACAAAUGCCGUUGAGUUGUUGGUAAGCAGUGCAAAAGCAGACCUGACCUUGCAGGAUGCCAAUAAAAACACUGCACUACACCUGGCCUGCAGCAAGGGACAUGAGACCAGUGCCUUGUUGAUUUUAGAGAAGAUCACAGACAGAAAUCUCAUCAACUCCACUAACGCAGCUUUACAAACGCCGCUACAUGUGGCUGCCAGAAACGGACUGAUUGUUGUGGUACAGGAGCUGCUGGCCAAGAGUGCAAGCGUGCUAGCUGUUGAUGAAAAUGGUUACACACCUGCCCUGGCCUGUGCCCCCAACAAAGAUGUGGCAGACUGCCUGGCUCUCAUCCUGGCCACCAUGAUGCCUGUGUCUCCCAGCAGUGGGUCCGUGCCCAGCCUUCCGUUUAGUACCAUCAACCACUACACUAGCCCAGCCAAGAGUGCCACAUUCGACAGCUUGCCCAUGCUGCGCAGUGGACACAGCACCUACUGCAGCUUCAACAGCAUCAGCCAUCACGGCUUCUACAAAGACGAAGAGCUCAAUGAUUCUGACUCUGAGACCUACUGAAAGAGAGGGAGAGAUAAGGAGAAGAGAUUCAUACUGUCACCUGGAGGCAGCUUUGUCCUAGCAGCUGGCCACUGUGCAGAGCCUUAAGUCCAGACACCCCCUCCCCCCCAAAGACACACACACACACACACACACACACACACACACACACACACACACACACACACACAUACAUACAUAUGUAAAGGCCCAGAAGACACGACUUACUGCCCCUGCCCCUUUCUCCAUCUGCCUCAAUCUUAACCAGCACCUUUCAGCAGAUACCUCAGAGUAUUUUCUGCUUCUCUCCUCCGAUGGCUUGUCUCUGAUUUGCUCUGGACACCUGAUUCGCCGAGCUGCCUCCCUACAUGGCAAUAAAGUGUAACAAAUCAUCAGCCUGGGGACCAAAGUUUUGUAGGUGUAGUUUGAAACUGAUUUCUUUUCUCUCACGGGAUUAAGCUCUUUUUCAACUGGUUUUUGAAAAUAAGGGCAGGUUUUUAAUUGUCCCGAUUAAAGAAGACGACGUGGCUGAUUGUGAAGCUUUCAAAGUGAUCCCUCAUGCACACUUAAUGUUGCUACUUUGCAUAGGGGGAAAGAGAUGAUUUAUUUUUUAAAAACAGGUUUUUACUACAUGUCUAUGUCCUCUAUCCCUCUGAGUGGGAAAAAAAUUAUAGCAUUUUCUUCUAUUUUCAAAUCAUCGAGGGCAAGUGGAGAAAAAUAAAUAUAAGCUUUGUAAUGCUAAAGGAGAUGGGCAUGAAGUUCAAGCUAACCAUUGCUGUCUUUUCUUUAAAAAUAAAUUAUUCUUUUUACGUGUAUUUAUUUUUAGUUUCCACGUUUCAUCAUCUUGUGCCUUCACAUGUUGCUGUGUGGAUGCAGGAAAGUAGGGGCAGUUUGGAGAACAAAACUAUGAUGCACAAAUAAAACACUAUGUUUGUAUUUAAAAGAAAAAAAGCACUGAAACUGGACUGAAGCAAACAGCUCCCAGCAUGCUUUGCUCUUGAAGAAGAACACUGUGUAAUCCAAUGUUAGGACAGCAUCUGGUCUCUUUGUAUGAUGAAAUGUGAAUAUUAAUAUGUUCUAUAUUUUCCUGGCUCUAAUCAGUUUUUGGCUUUCUUUGAUUAGAUAAUGAGAACACUUGAUCCUUGGUAUGUUAAAGUUGUUUGUCUUUUCUCACAUUGAUUUUGGAAUGAUUUAAAACUGGAUAUUCAUCUUAGUUUAAGUUUGUUGGCUAAAUGAAAGUGGAGCAGCGUUGUGCUUUUUGUUUUGGGUUUUUUUCUAUGCUUUUUUGCAGGAUUGGAAAGAAAUUCUCUACCAAAGCAACUGCUCUCUACCAUUCAGCACAAGAUGUUCAUGUAUAUUUUUUGGUUGGCUAAAUAAAGAAAUGUGAUUUUA